GGAACGAGAGGGUGAGACUGUAUGCUCCACGGCGUAGCUGAUUAUAUAUCCGCAGUUGACAUGCACUUGGUUUUUUUUUUUAUCACAACUUGGCACCGAUAUGCCCAAAGACCAGGUUGAACCCGUCUUCAAGUCUAUACCAAUAUGCCUAUAUUGAAGAAUUCUCAAAGGAGGGAGAUGGAGAAGAAGAAGCAAGAGGGUGGAGAGGGAAUCGAGGAUGGAGAGCCAACAAGAAGAAUGGAGAAGAGAGAGGAGGAGGGUGGUGGUAGUGGGCGGCGGAGUGGGUGGCUCCCUCCUCGCCAAGUCUCUGCAGUUCCACGCCGAUCUCACCCUCAUUGAUUCGAAGGAGUAUUUUGAGAUCCCAUGGGCAAGCCUGAGGGCAAUGGUGGAGCCAUCAUUUGCAGAGAGAUCAGUUAUACACCAUAGAGAUUAUCUCACGAAUGCCUGCGUUAUUGCAUCCGGCGCCAUCAAUGUCACUGAUACUGAGGUCUUGACUGCUGAGGGGCGCUUAGUUCCCUAUGAUUAUCUUGUCAUUGCCACCGGCCAUGCUGAUCCUGCUCCAAAAACUCGACAGGAGAGACUUCAGCAAUACCGGGCAGAUAAUGCCAAAAUAGAAGAAGCGCGGUCCAUUUUAAUCGUUGGGGGUGGCCCUGCUGGUGUGGAACUUGCUGGAGAACUCGCUGUUGUUUAUCCUGAUAAGGAGGUCACUUUGGUGCAUAAUGGAUACAGGCUGCUGGGGUUCAUUGGACCAAAAGCUGCUAGCAAGGCUCUCGAUUGGUUGAAAUCCAGGAAUGUGAAAGUAAAGUUGGAGCAGUCGAUAAAUUUGGACUUGGUAUCAGAAGGAUGCAAAACAUAUGUAACUUCAGCUGGAGAAACUGUCAAAGCAGAUUGCCAUUUCUUGUGUACAGGGAAAGCAGUAGGUUCAACUUGGAUAAAGGCGACAGUGUUGAAAGAUAGCUUGGAUGCCUUUGGAAGAUUGAAGGUAGACAAGAAUUUGAGGGUCAAGGGUCGCAAAAAUGUUUUUGCAAUCGGAGACAUCACUGAUAUAAAGGAAAUUAAGCAAGGUUAUCUGGCACAAAAACAUGCUCUAGUGGCUGCAAAGAACUUGAAGCUAUUGAUGACUGGAGUAAAAGAAAGCAAAAUGGAAACUUAUGAGCCUCGUUCCAUAAAGGCGAUAGUUUCACUAGGGAGGAAAGAGGCAGUGGCACAGUUUCCACUUACAACAGUUACUGGAAUCAUUCCUGGCUUGAUCAAAUCAAGGGACUUAUUCGUCGGGAAAACCAGGAAGCAACUGGGGCUUGGCCCUCAUCUUGUCUAUGACUAAGCCAAGUUUUUGAGUCAAAAUGGUAAAAUUAUAGCUGUCACCAUUCUUUGACCUUUCAUCUUCAAGAUUUCCCCCCCACUUGAGUGGUUGCAUAUAUUAAGAGAUGUAUUCAAUUGUUUGGGAUUCAGUCACUGUAAUGUGGACAUCAUCGUCGUCUUUAAUGGGUAGAACACUUCAUUUCUAACGUUGAUUACAUGGAGGCUUGACUAGUCAAUAAAGAUGUU